AGUAAGUUAUAAAUGCCCAAAGUCUAUCAAUAAAAGCUCAUCCACUUCCAAAGCUUCAAUAUUCAUCCAUCUUAUCUCUUAUACAAUGUCUUCAUUUCUUUCUUCUCUCCUUCUCCUUCUCAUUUUCAUUUUCACUUUCACAUCUCAACUCACCAUAGCUAAAUCAUUCCAAUCUUUUUGUGAUAACCACAACGGUAACUACACAAACAACAGCACUUACCACACAAACCUCAAAACCCUUUUAUCCACUCUCACUUCCAACACACAAAUCAACUACGGUUUCUACAAUUUCUCAAACGGCCAAAACACAAACAAAGUAAAUGCUAUCGGUCUCUGCAGAGGCGAUGUUAAAAACCAAACCGAUUGUCUUAGCUGUCUCAAAAAUUCAAGUAAUCUUCUAACCCAAAAUUGUGAAAACCAAAAAGAGGCAAUUGUUUGGUACGAUGAUGAUAAAUGCAUGUUGCGUUUCUCAAACCGUUCAAUCUUUGGGUUAAUGGAAAUUGGACCUGCUUACUUUGGAUGGAAUUUGAAUAAUUCAACAAAUGAAGACGAGUUUAACGAAAAGGUGAAGAAACUGUUGGAUGGUUUAAGAAACAAAGCUUCAUCAGGGGACAGUAACCUUAAAUAUGCUGUUGGAAGUGACAAGAUUGGUCCGAAUAAUAAUGAAACAUUAUAUGGUCUUGUUCAAUGCACACCUGAUUUGUCCAAAACAUCUUGUGAUGAUUGUUUGGUUCAAUCUAUCAAAGAAAUUCCAAUUUGUUGUAACAAUAAGAUUGGGGGUAGAAUUGUUAGACCUAGUUGUUAUUUGAGAUAUGAAACCAAUUCACACUUUUAUCAAACAACAACAUCAGAUUCACCAUCUUCAUCACCGUCGCCAUCACCACCGCCAUCAGUGGUGCCACCAGUCUCAGCUCCUCCUCCGUUUGCACAAAACAAUACAUCACCUCAAGCUCAAGAUAAGGGCAAUACGUCAAGAAAUGUGGUUCCUAUAGUCCCGUUGAUGUUGUUUCUAUUGUGUUCAAUGGUAUCAUCUUUUUGAUGAUCAAUAAUAUGUAGGAUUCUAUUUGAUAAAUAAUUUGAAUGUACUAUAAUAUGUAUUUUGCAUAUGGAAGAAAAGUCAAGGAAAUAAUUUGAAUUGUAUGUUGGUGUGAAUAAAUAGAGGAGAACAAUGUUAUCCCUA